AUGUCUACGUUAUCACCCCAGCUUGUUCAGAAUGACUCGCCCACUGAAAUGAGUUUUCACGAUGUCAAUUUCUCCGAUCCCUAUCUCUCGGCUCCUGUGGACCCUGAUGAAGCCUCCUUCAAGUCGUCCGCUAUAAGGCUGACGCCGGUUAACGAGAACGAUCAUGGCACCACACUUUCUGCCUCGCCUCUGCUGGUACAGCCUUAUACUGAAGAUCCUGAGAUUAUCAACGAGGGCCCGGAGGCAUCUUACUCGGACUUUCUUAGCCCAACAGACGAUUUUUCCAGCGAUUUGAGUGCGCACACAUCCCCCAGCGUAGAUAUCCUGUCUAGCAAUCUGACUGUGGACGGGAACAUGGGCCUUGGUGUCUGGCAACAUGAUAAUGGAGUGUCACGGAGUAUACCAAGCCAUGGAUCUGUGGUACAUGCUGCGGCUCCGCAAAGCGCGGCAGAGCCGUCACAAGCAAUGGCGACGAGAAGCUCAGACAUUUCGGAAACAGCCGGCGUUCAAGUUGAGAUGCGGAUUCCACAGCCUCUUUCGCUGAACAUCAACGCACCAAGUGACAAUUUGAGUGUACAAGUGGGACCUGACUCAGCCCGAGCACGAAGCCCCAUUGUCAAGAUCGAGAGUUAUUCCCGAGGAGACUCACCAGUCAGGGAUGCUUCUCCGACUGAGCGAUGGCGGGGCUUGUCGUCCACGCAUUUGGCACCUAACGGAUUGACCACGGACUCGGAGCCGGAAGAGUUUGAGGAUAGCAACGAAGGCCUCAGCCCGGGCCAUACACCCAUAUCUCGGACACACAAUGGCUCCUGGGUUUCGAACACUGCCACGGGCCAGGCUGGUGUCGAACCGUUAUCUCGAGCGGAUGUUUACAUAUCCAGUCCAAACGAUUUGGAUGCCUGGAGACGACUGGAAGAGAAGAAUGCUGAUAUCCAGUCAUGGUCGGCUUCGGUCAGUGCUGCCAAUAGCGAUGCAGAGGAGGAAAUUCUCCUAGGCCGCGGUCGGAAGCGGCAUGUUGGCGCUCGGCGCAGGGCAAAAAGUGCCGGCGAUCCUUCUCUUCAGCAGGACUACUUCAACCUGAAAUCCCAGUCCCUAGAGCCGGUUGUUCCUGGACCUGGUCUUCUCCUUCACGAAAGCAGUGAUGAGGAGCCUAGUGAGUACCGAUCUGGUGACGAAAGACGAUCUGACUCGCCUGCAGCCGAUGCAAAUGAGAGCGAGUGGACCGGGGAAGGCCUAGAGGGUGUCCCUAGCACCGAGCGGAACAGACUGGAGGACAAUGACCCAUCGCCUCAUCAGUUCUUGAAGGCGCCGCCAUGGCAGGACAUUGAAUAUGACUCAGCCCCUCGCCCAACUAGGGUGCAGCCGUUAAGCUCCAGCGCAGCGAUGAUGGAGUAUCAACGACGAGCAAGAGACCUUGACAGUGCAUCUCGUGCGGCCACAUGGGGCACGCGAUACUUAAAAGAUGCCGAGGUUAACAGCAUCAUAGGCACCGGCAGUUCCUUCGAGAAUCUAACUAUCAGUGAUGAUAAGGGUAGGAAGCAUGAAAGAAGAAGCAGCCUCCGCAAGUAUCUACCGCGCAACCCCUCCCACCACCUCAAGAGACGACUAUCGGAUUUAUCCAUCAUUCCUCCGAGCGCCGAUACUGCUGGCAAGGUCGAUGGAUUGACAAACCCUUCUAUGAGAAAAGACAGUUUUCCCAACCGUAAAUUAAGUCUUGGUCGGUCUAGGUCGCCCAGCCUCAGCACCAGCAGUGCUGUUAUUGCGAUUGCCGGCCAGAUGGCUGCCAUUGGAGGCAAGGAUUCGCUGCGCGCUGCCUCACCAAGUUCGACGCUGAGCCCAUGGCCAGUUACCAAAGGACGUGGGCGAAGCAAAAGCGAGCUGCCAAGAGCGUCAUCACCCGGAUUGCUGGAUUUGAUGACGAGUCAUGGCGGGCCCCCUGUUCCUAACCUCGCAUAUUCCCCUCGAGUGAUCGACCGCGGUGUCCGCCUGCAAGGGGCACCUCAAGUGGGUCAUGCCACUGGCGACGCUGACGACGAAGAUGAUGACUUGCCAGCUGAAAAGGGUUUAGUGAUGCAGUUUCCGGUACAGUCACGCCUACCAGUACCAACGCUUGAUGGCUUCAGGUCCCAGGUUACCGAGUUGAAUCCCCGGCUACCUUCGGAGUUAGUCGAACGCUUCGCUCAGGAACAGCUUCGCCGAUACCGCAAGUUGGUUGACAGCAAGCAAAAACAUCUUCGAGACCUGGAGGCACGGAAAUGCACAUCCGGCUUAUUAUUCUGCUUUGCACAGGGUGGUGAAGCCAAGCUUCUAGCACCUCGUGGUAACCUCCACGUCCCAGACACAUCACACACGCCGUUCGAUAAUUCAAGUUGUAAUGAGGCUGGUGACAAUGCUCAGAGAGUGGGAGAAAGCAUAGUGACUGCCGCACAGUUCCCUUCAGGCGUGCCUUUGCCGCCAGUUCAACGGUUGCCAGCCGAAUUCGAGUGUCCAAUUUGCUUUCAGGUGAAAAAGUUCCAGAAACCAUCUGAUUGGACCAAGCAUGUCCACGAAGAUGUCCAGCCAUUCACCUGUACCUUUCCCCAUUGCACCGAGCCGAAGUCUUUCAAACGAAAGGCGGAUUGGGUUCGACACGAGAGCGAGCGACAUCGCAAGUUAGAGUGGUGGACGUGUACAUUUCCGGAUUGUCAUCAUACGUGCUAUCGGAAAGAUAAUUUUGUGCAGCAUCUCGUUCGAGAGCACAAGAUGCCGGAGCCGAAGAUGAAAAAAGCAAAGAACCCAGGACCCGGUAAUAAGGGGAAUGACUCGGUAAGCAUUAUAAUGGACACACAAGAGCACGGCCGUCGCGAACAAGGGGUCGAGCAGCUUUGGGAACUUGUGGAAAGGUGUCGACAUGAUACCCCCAGAGGCCCCAAAGAUGAACCAUGCCGGUUCUGUGGGAAUGUCUGUAGCAGCUGGAAAAAGCUUACGGUGCACUUGGCUAAACACAUGGAGCAAAUUGCGAUGCCUAUCCUGGGGCUUGUAAACGAACGGGAGAUGUCACCGAAUGGUAGUGCCAGUGCCAACAGCGUGCCAAAUCCUCAUGGGCCCGGCUCGAUGCCGAUUACGAACGAGCCAGCCUGCUCCCUCCCGCAGUCCACUGGUAUGAAUACUACUUGCUCAGACGGGACUUUGAGCCUCACACAGGCACCACAUUUGAGCAAUAAUGCCGAUCGGCAGAGCUCUGGAGAGCCCAUGGUGGCUUUGACUCCUACAUGCUUUGCCCACCCGACCACCAUGUCGGGCGGCUUUUCUACGGAGCCUGAGACGAUGGACGCGUAUCAUGACAUUUCGACCUCAGGUUACCUUUCGAGCCUGCCAGGGGAGUCUGCAGAUCAGUUGCGGUUCGUGGCCACGCACCAGAACUCGGUUACGUAUCCACCCCCAUUCAACGCUGGCCCUCGGGUUCGGGUGGUCAAUCCUGAAAUGAAUGUGCUGCAAGAUUCGUACGAAAUAACUAUGUCGCCCACGGAAAUGCAACCCGCCUUCAGUGCGCAGAACCUAAUGAACCUUUCAGCGUCUGCGGAGGAUCGUCAUGGCUUCCCCAAAUCCAUGGCUCAGACUAUUCCUUUUGUCGCUGGAGUUUACGGCGAGCAAGGCUGA